AUGCUUCUCGUAUUGUCACGGAUACUAUCCCGCUCAAACUGCAUCCUCAUUCUGGUAGUGUCCAACCUCGCAUGUUCGGCGCCCUUGAAGUCACGGAAGCGUGCGACGAACGAGAGCGAGCGGGGCUUCUCGGCGUUCCCGAAGAUCCUGGAGAUCCAGCUGCCGCUGAAAAUCGCUUCGAAGGAGGAUCUGGUGGCCUGGUCCAAAUACGUGAAGACCCUGGUGGCGUCCAAAAUCAAUUCCACGUCGACCAGAUUGAAGGACAUCUCGUCGAGCGGCGCACAGUACGACAAACGAGUGUCCGUCGCCAACGGCUCGGGCUUCAAGUCGUGGGAGAUGACGAAGAAGGCGUCCUCCAACGAGAGACGGCAGGGUAUCAAUUAUCCAGCGCGAAGACUCAAGGAGCCUCCUGUGAGCCCUGUGCAAAGCUCGAAUGACAUGGUGAUCGCGUACCCGUUGCCCGUGGGCAAGAUGAAAUUCACAGCUGCCCAAUUACAGGAGCCCUUCAGCCUCCCCACAUCGGACGACGUCUACAACGGGCCGGCCGCUGAUCAGCAGCUGUACUUUGAGCAGUACACGAAUUUCGACGUCAACGGACCGUUUCAGUCCGCCGCCUUCGGUGCCCCGGAAACGUUUGCGCAGCCUCCAGCCGUCACGUAUCUUCCGUUACCCUCGAGACCGACUGACGUUGUCCCGUACCAGAAUACCCUCGACGGGAACGUCUCCAACUUCGAGGAGCCCGCAAGGCUUUCGACCAAAAACUCCUUGAAUGUUCACGUGAAAGCCUUGAACAACAAGCUGGCGGAGAUGUCACCGCGGAAUCGGUCGCGGCCAGCUGGAUCUCUCUUGACUUUUCCGUUCCAAGCGGUGAUAACGAUCACCCGGCAGCUGCCAGAGGACACCUCGACCUCGAAGACGAAGAAUCGCCUAGUGAUCCGACCCGUCGACGAAUUCCAGUCGUACCUCGAGAAGAACCAUACGCUCACGAACGAGUCCGGGCGGGUCAACGUCAUCUUCGAUGACUUUACCACGGGCACGAAUGAGCGAGAACAGAAGAAGAAAAACGAGAAAAAGAAGAAAGGCACGAAGCAGCAAAAUUCAAAGAAGCGACAGCCAUUUGUACUCGACAAUCUAUUGAGGACGUUGGGUAUUCUGAGGAAACUGCCGAAGAACACGACCGAGAUCACGACACCGGUGCUCUCGAUUUUGAGGGGCACUAACCAACAAAAGAUACAGGUGGCUUUUGAGGAUACGGUGCGCAAUCAGGAAAGAAACAACGAAACUUUCGCACAGCAAACAGAUGAUGACGAGGAAGAAGGCGGAUCUAUACAAGCUAUAUUGGACUUAUUGCCAUUAGCCGCACCGAUUCUCGAAGAGCUUAGCGACCCGGAGUCCGAUAUUGAUCUAGGAGAGCUGCUUCAGGGCGCUAUUCCUCUUAUCGAAGGGCUUUCUGACCCAAACGAAGAGGGAGGAAUUGAUAUUCCUGGAGUUCUGGUGCCACUCUCUCAAAGACUCAGCGAGGGUGCAGACGGACAAGGGAGUGAUUCUGGCGCUAUUUUGGGACCCCUGAUUCAGCUUAUAGCACCAUUGAUCGGACCUAUCUUGGGUCCUUUGAUCGGCCCGCUAAGUCGCACCAGUAGUGGCCCUGGCGGUAAGGAGGGGUCGGGAGCUCUAAUCACAUCGUUGUCUGGUCCUUUGAGCGAGCCAGGGGCAUACGGACAAUCGAUAUUGUCGAAUCUUAUCGCCGGCAUCACUGCCACGCUGAGUAAAGAACUCGCCAGUUCAGCGGGUGAUUCGGACAUAAAAUCUAUAGUUAGUGCCGUCGUGUCGGGGGUGCUUGCUGGCACCAGUGCUGGUUCCAUGACAGCCUCCAAAGGAGGGCAUAGAGGCACAUACGGUAACAGAGACACGUACUACGCCCAGACGACUUACGGUCAACCAACAUAUGGCUAUGACUCUUACACAACGUCCAAACCUGAACCGAACUUCUUAGAUAUGAUUACCUCGGUCUUAAAAGAAGUCCUCGGAGCUUUCUUGAAGCUCUCGGCCACGUCGGCCACUUCCAGCGCAAAUCUGUCCGGCACGUCGUCAAGCUCUAGCACUGGUCUGUCAGCCAGUUCCUCGGAAUCGAAAGAACAACAACCUACGUACGGUACGCCCACAAGACCGUCUUACGCACCGCCGCCACAGCCCACGAGGCCCGCUUACGCUCCACCCGGAUCCACCGGCUCGUCUUACACAACAUUCACGAGGAGACAAACCCGACCAAACCCGAACAAACAAAUAAAGAUAUUUUGA